AUGGUUCGAAUGAGCGUAUUGGCAGAUUGCUUAAAAACAAUUAACAAUGCAGAGAAAAGAGGUAGGCGACAGGUCUUGAUUCGACCUUCAUCCAAAGUGGUAAUUAAGUUCUUACAGUACAUGCAGAAGAAGGGAUACAUAGGAAAUUUUGAAAUAGUAGAUGAUCACAGAUCCGGAAAAAUUGUCGUGAAUUUGUUAGGAAGAAUAAACAAAUGUGCAGUCAUAUCCCCAAGGUACGACGUGAAACUGGAAGAAAUUGAAAAAAUUAUUACAAACAUCCUUCCCAGUAGACUUUUUGGUCAUUUGAUUUUAACCACACCUUACGGAAUUAUGGAUCACGAAGAGGCAAGAAGAAAACACACUGGAGGUAAGGUUCUCGGAUUUUUCUUUUAA